UUGCAGAAACACUAAUUGACAAAACCCUCAAUUGUUGAAGCGACAAAUAAAAAACCCUACAUUGUUGAAAAGACAAAUGGAGACCCCAUUGUUAAAAACAAGUGUAAACACUUUAAACAGCUGAAAAUAGAAAGAAACAAGCCUUGCCUGCUGGCAAUUGAGUGACGGUGAAGGUAAAUGUGUAUAAAAAGGAUAGUUAAAUGCAAUUAUACAUUCGGUCAUUAAAAAUAAGCGGUUAUGUAAUUAAAAGAAAUGUUUGAGUGGAGCGAUAUCGCUUGGUGUUUUAUUAUUGCCGCUCGUGGGUAACCGAAAGUGUCUGUUUAACAUGCGCACGCAGACAAAUUCUUAGUCAAGAUCGCGUUUGUGAUAAGUGAAGCGAAAUCGGAAUAAUUUUUUGAGUGUCGAUCUCGUGUCAUUUGUUUUGUAAUUUAAAUAGCACUUUGUAGAUGCUGUUAUUGCGUAAUAACAUCACAAACACUACCGAUACGUCGUUUGUGACCUACUUUUUUUUGUGAAAGUGUUCCGAAAACGUAACAUUGACGAAAACACCCCGGGAUUCGACAAGGGGAAGCCACGAAAAUGAUAACACGAUUAUUAACAAACCAAGUCGACAACGAUCGUCGAUUUUAAAUCGAUCGACGAACGAUUGGUGCGAGAAAACCUGUUUUUGUAGGUUAUGAAAACGGUUGCUGAUUUGACACAGUGGUCAUGUCUGAAUGUAAAGUGUAAGCGAAGUGGCCUACAGACCUAUAUUUAUACAACGUUCGAUUUUUAUACCGCGUAAAGAAAUAGAUAUUUGUGGGACCUUGGUGUGUUUUUGAAGGUCAGAGCUUUGCAAAGCUCUGAGUCGGGCUAAAAUCGGUUAUCAUCACGGGAGGCUUGUGUACAAGGAUAAACAAUGCACGAAGAGGCGACAAGUAUGAGCGUACCUAGCUCUGUUGCCGCAUCUACGAGCAGCAGUCAGAAUAAUCAAAACGGUACGACUUCGGUUGUUAUUUUAAACGAAGAAGUCGAAAUGGCGAUAACGCAAGAAGAAAACGCAGAUCCCCCAGUGCCUUUUACAUCGAAUUCGACAGGGGCAACGGGAUCGCUCGCUGGGAUGGACCUGAUGGCGGGAUACCAGCUGCCGGGCAACUCGGUGGUCGGCGGAGGCGACCUUCCCGACACCAAGGACGGAAUCGAGGAGUUGUGUCCGGUGUGCGGGGACAAAGUGUCGGGUUAUCACUACGGCUUGCUUACGUGCGAGUCCUGUAAAGGGUUUUUCAAAAGGACCGUGCAGAACAAGAAGGUGUACACGUGUGUGGCCGAACGGAGCUGUCAUAUAGACAAGACUCAACGGAAACGGUGUCCGUACUGUCGGUUUCAGAAGUGUCUCGAUGUCGGCAUGAAACUAGAGGGCGAAGCCGGCGGCCCGUCGCCGCCGCCGCCGCAAGCGGACAUAAGUAGGUCAGUGGGCCACCCCUACUCUGCCGUCCCCACUCGCUUAUACAGAGUCGGUGGCGUGCGCGGGUUCCACACUACUACGUAA